AAUCUGCCGUUUGAGACGGGCGAAUGAACGUUUACGAAGAAUCCUGGAUUUGGUUUUCAAACCAGAGAUAAAGUUGCAUAGAUUAGCAGGGUUGCCAGGUGUAUCUACAUUUUCGAGACAAAUGACGAUUCAAAGCCCCCCCAAAAGGCCUGAACCUAGGCUAAUUUUAUUUCACACCCUAAUUAAACUUGCCAAAUGUUUUUCCAUCAAUGUAUGUCGAUCUAACUCGUAUGAUUAAGUCACUAGGGAGUAUGGUAUAUGGCCAGUAUACCAUGGCUAAGGGCUGUUAUUUCAUGACGCAACAAGGAGUGCUCGGAUACAGCCAUUGGCCAUAUACCAAAAAUCACAAAGGUGCAUUAUUGCUAUUAUAAACUGGUUACCAAUGUAAUUAGAACCGUAAAAAGUUUUUUUGUCAUACCUGUGGUAUAUGGUCUGAUUUUACUUUGGCUUUCAGCCAAGCAGCAUUCAGGGCUGAACCAGGUUUAUAAUUGUAAAUAAAACCCUUUUGCCCAUGUGCAUAACUAUAGAUAAAUCUGACAGGAGAGUUUGAGUGAGGAAAGUUGGACAGAGGAUCUCAGUCUGAGCAAGAAACACUUGGAUGAACAUAAACUAAUGUUAGGCUAUUUUCUUGCAAUUGUGCUCUUAUGUGCCAGAUGUUGAGACUAAAAACCAUUAUAAAUGGUAUCCUAUAGCCCCUGAUAGGUCAACAUCUAAUUUUAGAUGAUCUACAGUAGCCUAGACAAGAUGUAGGCCUGAUGUAAAUUGAAUGAUCUAGCAGCUUGCUUAGUUCAAAUAAACAGACUCAUUUAUUCCACAUGAAUAGCGAGGCGAUUUCGAGGUAAGAAGUGCUUGUGUUUCCCAAUAGCCUGCUGGAAUAGGCUACUGAGGAUGGGGUCAUAAUUUCAAUCUCUGAAUUAAAUAUUAAUAAUAUGUUGCUACCAUGCUGUGAUGUUGUCUUAGGUCUCUCUAUGUAGUGUUGUCAUAUAUAUAUAUAUAUAUAUAGUAACGACCCUGGGUUUAUAAGCGCGGAAAUCGACUCUGCCGCUUGAGCAUGCUUUUGCGGCACAGUCGAUAGCGCGCCGGACCUCGGGCUAGAAGGUCGAGGGUUCGAGACCUGCUCCCUGCCUGUUUCAUUACAUUGGUGUCAGAAGUAAAAACGUUGAUAAAAGUUAGCCAGCUAGCUAGCUGACUUCUGUGGCUAGCUACCGUAGGUGAGAACGGGGGUUGAAAAUGCUUCGAGGGAAUCCGAAAGUGAAGGUGGAGGUAGGGGACGAUUAUGGCCAAGGAGAUACGUGUGAAUGGACGUCGGAGGUUCUGGCUGAGGAGAUCGCCAGGGUGUCGGAGCGCAGAGGCCGCUUGAGGGAGGACGCUAGAGUGAUGGCGGCUGAAGCGAGGAUGAGCGCCUCGUCGACUGUGUUUCGCGCGGAUUCUGGUGGGCGGGCCGAAGUGGUCACGUCGACGCGGCGGGACGAGGAAUCUGGGGCUCAGGAUGUAAACAAACAUGGCGGCGCCCAGUUCCCGGCUGCGUCCGUAUCUGUUAAGACCCCGAAGUAUUCCGGUAAGGCGGAUUGGGAAGCUUUUCAUGCUCAGUUUGAACUGUUAGCUCAUUUUAGGGGGUGGUCGGAUGAAGAAAUAGCACUGCAGUUGGCUUUAUGCCUCACGGAUGAAGCUCUGUCCUGUUUGAUAUUGAUUAGCCCCGAGGACAGACAUGAUUAUGGCGCUUUAGUGGGAGCACUGAGGAGGCGCUAUGGACAGUGUGUACAGCCCGGGCUACUGCGCUCCGAACUGAGUAAUAGACGCAGGCAGCCAGGAGAGCCUCUACGGGUGUUAGCUAAUGACAUUGAGAGCCUCUCUCGGCGGGCAUAUGCUCACAUGCCCCCCUCCGUGCAGAGCGAGCUAGCACGGGACCAGUUCAUACAGGCGCUCUCUCCUACGGAGCUGCGCAUACAGACCCAGCUGGCUCAUCCUGAGUCAUUGCAGAUAGCCUUGGAGAUGGCUUUGGAGAGGGAGCUGGUGUGGGCUGGGGCUUUGGUGGGGGUGCAGGGAGACACACCCUCUGUGCAAGCUGGGGGGCAGAGCAGCCCGGAGCCGGAAAAGCCUGCAUGGGUGGCUGAAAUGACAGAACUCAUUCGUGCUGUGUCGCUACAGGCGGCACAAAACACACACCCUGGUCCCAGGGUCUGCUGGGGUUGUGGCCAGCCAGGCCAUCUGCGCCGUAAUUGCCCCAUGUCCCCCAGAGCUCAGGGAAACGGCUCGGGGUCCGCAUAGACCGGGUAGUGCGGACCCCUGGCUUCUAUCCCAACCACCAU